AAUGUAUGAAUUCUUCUACCACUAAUAAUUAAUCAAUGUGAUUAAUAUAUUUGCUAAUUUUUUUGUUUUGCUUCUUUCUUCUCACUUCGCGGCUACUCUGUCCGGCUUUGCUGUGGCUGCAAACUCCGUCUCGUCCUCCUCCCGUCACCGUCUCCUCCGGCGUACUCUCCGGUGUUUCACCAGCUCACUCACUCAUGGGUGGCGAUCUACGCUUUGAAAUCUCACAAAAUGCCUACAUAAAGCUCGUUCUCCACGCCCUAAAGCACCGGACCUCCGCCGUCAACGGAGUCCUCCUAGGUCGCAUCUCCGGCUCCAAUGAUGUCAUCGAAAUUGCCGAAUCUGUCCCCCUCUUCCAUUCCAGCAUCGGCCUCCUCCCCCAGCUUGAAAUCUCUCUCCUUCUGAUUGAAGAAUAUUAUGCGGCUAAGGGAUUGAGUAUCGUGGGGUAUUUUCAUGCUAACGAGCGUUUUGAUGAUUAUGAUGUUGUUGGUGUCGCGAAGAAUAUUGCUGAUCAUAUUUCUCGAUCCUUUCCUCAUGCUGCUCUUCUUUUGUUAGAUCACAGAAAACUUGAAGCUUUGCCGAAGAGAAAGGAUAGAAGCCCUGUAGUGGAGCUAUACACAAGGGAAACCUCCAAGAAUUGGAAGUUGGCAGGAUCAGAUGGAAGUAGCCAGCUAACAAUGAAGGAACCGUCAGCAAACGUGGUCAUGUUGGAUUUCAUAUCAUCUGAAAAAUGGCAAGAUGUGGUGGAUUUCGACGAUCACCUCGACGACAUUAGCAAGGAUUGGUUGAACCCAAACCUGUUCAAGUAGAAGAUCUUUUCCCGUAGUUGCAAGGCGUGAUUGCUCUAGAAAGGAUUAGUUGGAAACUGGAGGCUUGUGCUUUUCAAGGUUUGAGCAUGUUAAUGGUUGAAUUUUAUUUUGUUAGACUUGAAUUACUUGUCGUUGAUUCGAAUAAAAGCUCAGUCUUGAAAUUGAAAUUGAAGUCCUGUUUCUUUUAGUGUUUUAAAUUGGGGGCGGAUAUUUAAGGAA